AUGUCGCAGAGUAAUUGGGAAGCUGAUAAGAUGCUUGAUGUUUACAUUCAUGACUAUCUAUUGAAAAGAAAACUACAUGCUUCUGCAAAAGCCUUCAUGACUGAAGGGAAGGUUGCCCCAGACCCAGUAGCUAUUGAUGCGCCUGGAGGAUUUCUCUUGAAUGGUGGUCCGUCUUUUGGGACAUCUUCAUUGCUAGGACAAAUGAAAAACAUUCUGAGGCUGCUGCGGCUUACAUAG